AUGGCUGUGCCUUUAUUAGAUGACUGGUGUAAGGGGAUGGACUUGGACCCCAGGAAGGCUGUGCUCAUUGUGGGCAUCCCUGUGCAGUACACAGAGGCUCAGAUAACGGAUGCUCUGAAAGAAGGCUUACCUCCAUUGUGUGCACACAAGGUGAUAGGCAGGAUGUUUAGGAGAGAAGACAAAGCUAAAGCAGUCCUAAUUGAACUGAGUGAUACUGUCAAUUAUGCUAUGAUGCCCACUCAUAUACCAGCAGAGGAUGGGGCCUGGGAAGUGGUAGUCAAACCCCGUAGCCCAGAUGAUGAGUUUCUCAAUAAGCUGAUCUGCUUUCUGAGAGAGGAAGGACGGAGAACAGCAGAUCUUUUCAAAGUCCUGGCUAGCAUUGCCCCUGCAGUGAGCACGGAGCUAAGGAAUUUAUGCCAAAACAAAGCAGAAGGCUCAAACUCUCUGCGCUACCAAAAACUGAAAGUGUUUUCUGGUAGUCCCUUUCCAGGCCCAGGAGAGGAGACCUUUGAAACCUGGUUAAGGGAGUUCACUGAGAUGAUGCAGGUAUGGCCGUUAUCUGAGAUGGAGAGGAAGCAACUUCUUCUAGAGAGCCUGCGUGGUUUUGCCCUGUCAAUUAUUCAGGCACUGUGGGCUGGCAAUGCCUCUCUAACUGCUGAGCAGUGCUUAAAGGGCCUAAAGCAUAUCUUUGGGAGUAAAGAGGACUGUAAGGUCUUCCAGUCCAGCUUCCUUCUGUCUCCUCAGAAACCUACAGAGACGGUCUCUGAUUACUUGCUGCGCCUAGAGCCCCUGCUGCAGAGAGCAGUGCGGCAGAGCCCAUUUUCAGACCAGAGUGCAGACUCGAUUAGACUCAAGCAUGUCUUAUCCCAGGUCUCCAUGACUCCUGGCCUGCGGGACAAGCUGGCCCUCUUAGAUCAGCGAGGGUGCCCACCCACUUUCCUGGAGUUAAUUAAACUUACUCGAGAUGAGGAGGAAUGGGAGGCCACCAGGGUAGUGAUAAAGGAACAGCCGGAUCAGGAAGAAAAGGCAGCAGUAGCAGUCAGUAUAGCAGCACAUCAGGAUGUCACCCAGGCAGGCAUUUUUAGGGAGGUCAGCACCCAGACUACAGGAGAGGAGAUGAUAUCGAUGAUAUCGGUGAAGCGGAGGCGACUGCUAAGGAGAGACAGUGCUGGGGAAGAGGGGCAUAUGAAAGAGUCAGAUUUCAAGGUUGAAAAUGAGCCUGAUGAGCAGAGCCCCCAGGUGGUAGCACAGGAGUCGGAAAACUAGAGAGGGGCUGGGAUUAUGAGCCACCCCAACCCCAGGAACAUACAGGCUCAAGAUACCCAAGAAUUCCUUCCUUUGGCUGGCAAGAAAGAUACCUUGGCCAAAUAAUGGGGCAGCCCAGACAUGGCAGGGGACAUGAGUGAUGCAGAAGAGUGCCAGGGCCCCAGCUUGCUGCUAGGUAGAAAUGAUUUUAACAGGCAGGAACAAGCUUCAUCCAGCCAAGUGACUACCAAAUCCCAGGCCCAUGGGGAAUGCCAGAGACAGGAAUGGGAAGAUACUAUAACCUCACUACAGGAGGAUUCAGAAUCCACUUGGGACAGUAGUGACUCAAAGGAUAACGAUAGUAAUGCUGGGGGCUCUAGACAAAGGAUGCCCACUGGCACUAAAGCAGCACAAGACAUGGAGGAAGAUGCCACGAGGUCGUGUUGGCCAGGGGAAACCAGUGCCUGGGAGCAAGUGCAGCAAGGCAGUGAGACAGUGCCCAGGAGAGGAGGCCGCAAGAUCCAGCCUGUCCUCAGGAUCAUCUACACUGCUCUAGGGGAGCCCCAUGAGGGCAGCACCCUUGAAUCCUUUUGUGAGUGA